AUGUGCCAACUCUUGCAAAAUGAUGUUGAUUUUGAGUUCAAUGAGGCAUGCAAAGAAGCCUUUGACAAGAUCAAAGAGUUACUUACAUCCACUCCUAUCAUACAAGCUCCAAAUUGGGAUCUCCCCUUCGAGAUCAUGUGUGAUGCAAGCAAUUAUGAUGUUGGCGCCGUUUUGGGUCAAAAGAAUGGAAAAGUCUCCCAUGUGAGCUACUAUGCAUCCAGGACACUAGACAAUGCUCAAAGCAACUACUCUACCACAGAGAAGGAGCUAUUGACCAUAGUGUUCGCUGUGGAGAAGUUUCGACAAUAUCUACUUGGCACCAAAGUUAUAGUGUAUUUGGAUCAUGCGGAUCUCAAACGGGGAGCAUUUCACAAAGGAACCAAAUGCCCCAAAAUCCAAUCCUUGUUUGUGAAAUUUUUUGACGUAUGGGGGAUUGAUUUUAUGGGCCCAUUUCCCGUCUCAUUUGGCAAUGUUUACAUCUUACUUGCGGUUGACUAUGUCUCAAAAUGGGUUGAGGCCAAAGCCACAAGAUCGGAUGAUGCCAAAAAGGUUAUUGAGUUUUUGAAGUCUAAUAUCUUUGUGAGGUUUAGUGUGCCUAGGGCAUUGAUCAGUGAUCGAGGGACGCAUUUCUGCAACAAGAUGAUGGAAGCUUUGUUGAGAAAGUACAAUGUGACUCAUCGUGUCUCUACCGCCUACCACCCUUAA